CACAACCUGUGCAUUUCAUGACAGUCAUGCUGAGACUUUAUCGCUUCAUCAAAAGUUGGGAGACGCUUACUUCUUUUGGGGGGGAUUUUAUUGUAGAUUUCAGACCUCCAAUCUGAACUUGGACUUCAUUCAUAGUUGACCUUUCUUGGAGAUAAAAUCUGAGAACAUCUUAUUUGCCUUGAUUUUACUAGAGGAUAAUAGAAACGUCUCUGCACUGAAGAUAAUGUUUUCCUGGAAACUAUUUUUGGAAAAUUGAGCUUUUCGAUUUCCUAAUUUUAAUAUCUGUUCCUUUUUUCCUACAAUGCUUAGACACACUGUAUCAAGAUUUUUAAUAGGAUUCUAAAACUUUUACCCAAAUACAUCAGUUUGAUUUAUUUAUAUUUUAGGAUUUACUAAUAGUGCUACAUUGACUAUAAAAAAACAGCUUAACUGUCUAAAAGGAAAAACAGUCCCAUCUUUCAAGGUAACAAGAAACUGUUUUGGUAUUCAAAAUAUCUAGAAAGGUGGGUCAGGUGUUAUAAAAGUUUUUUUUUUUCUUGGAGCUGUUUUUAAAUUCCAAAGAUUACCCAACAUGACUUAGAGGUUAAGGUUUAACUUAUAUAUUUUUAUUAUUAUUAUAAUUUUUUUUUAAAAAAGGAAAAAAAUAACAAAACAGUGAUUCAAUUCUUUUAAUAGCCUUUUUGAGCUGAAUUAUCCUCAACAAUUUUUAUUGAAAAAAAAAAAGUAAAAAAAUUAUAUUGGGAGACCAAUAUUUAAAGACAUCUGCUUUAUUGUUUUUUUUAUUCUAAUUUGGGGAAAAAAUGAAUUUAAUAAAGAAGCCUGGAUUUCAAUAGAGGAAUACUUAUUUAUUUCAGUCAAUUGGCGUAUUUUUUAUUUCUCUAUUAAAAGUGAUAAUUUCAUAUUUGUUGCUUGGGUUUUUUUUUCCGGAAAUUAGUUUUUUUCUGGAUUUAUAUCUCAAAUUUUCCAAGUAUCAUUUAGCUUAUUCUAGAGGUCCAGUGACCACUUGUUUUUUUUAAAUAAAAUACAGCAAAAUAAUAUAGAUUUUUUUUUAAAAAAUCUGAAAUUAUACAUUUGAGUAUCAAAGAAAUGGGACAUGUAUGGACAUUUAAUAGAUGAAUGUACCAGAAUUAGAUCAUAAAGAAGACCAUUUCUACAGCACAAUCUGAGCAAGAGCUAAGAUGUCCAUCUUGGACCAUCCAUAACAAAAUAUAAUACAAGAAGAUUUAGAGGUGGUAGAAAAAAAGGACCCCACAAAAUCCACGAUUUUUAGAGAUUUGACAGUUCCAGGUGUGAGAAGAAAACAGCUAUAAGAUGCCCAGAGCCUUCCUGGUGAAGAAAUCCUCCUUUGCUUCUGUAAAGAGGAAGUGGGGAGACAUUCCAGAUGAGCAGAGAGGAGAGAUGUAUAUACCAGUGACUCUAGGAUUUGUGAAUCGGCAGGAGGUGACACAUGAAUUUGAAAAUGAGGUGGCUCUAGAUUUGUCACUUAGUCACCACCGUUGUCUGCAAGUUUCCCCACCAUACUCUGGGACAGAACACGGAGUAGGACUGAGCCCUCUGUCCCCUGAGCAAAGCCCAUCUCCGCAGGGAGAACAAAGAAUGAUUUUUCGUUGCGCUCUCUGCGACAAGAGCUUCUCAUAUCAGCGAAUGUUAAAUCGUCACAUGAAGUGUCACAGUGAAAUCAAGAGGCACCGUUGUGACCACUGCGGAAAGGGAUUCAAUGAUACCUUUGACCUCAAGAGACAUGUGCGAACUCAUACAGGUGUGCGUCCAUACAAGUGCCAUCUCUGCGACAAAGCCUUCACUCAGCGUUGUUCAUUGGAGUCUCACCUGAAGAAGAUCCACGGCGUUCAGCAGAAUUACGCCUACAAGGAGCGACGUACCAAACUCUAUGUGUGUGAGGAAUGUGGGUAUACUGCUGACAGUCAGGAAAGUCACCUCCUCCACCUUCAAGACCAGCACCCAAAUAGUCCAUUAAUCCAGCGGGCCUCCAAGAAGCUGGCUGUGGCCAUGCACAGUGAUAUGAACUCUCUACUUCAAGACGCCCAUCUCAUCUGAAUAACAAAUAGCUAUAGCUUUGGACCUUUUUUAUUUUUUUUUGCCUUUUCAAACCCAAAACACUUAUGUUACCGUAAAGCAUUGCCGCAUUCCAUUGUGCCAAGUGUGUGCACACAAUGGGACACAGUAUCUGACAAACUCAUAAAGAUCCAAUACAGAUCCAAUAUCGGUUAUCAGAGACUUGACAUACAGGAGAACAAAGACUCUACUACAAACUUGAUGUCUUCUAAUCUAAAGUAAAAAAAAAAUAAUUUCUGAAAAAUGAGUCCAUUAUGUUUCUUGACUUGAAUGUAACCAAAACUAACCAAAUUAUUUAAUUUUCAAUAUUCAGUAUAUUGUGUUACUUGUUUAAAUCCAUCUUACCUAAGAAUGAUGGAUCUUAGCACUUAUUCGCCAAAAUGUAUUGACACUCAUAAGGUUGAAAAGGUCAGAUUGUAUUAGAAAUUUAUAGAGCAUUGCUUCGCCAAUAUAAUCCAGCGUGUCGUUAGUGGGCGUCCCUCCCAUUGAUCUCCUGUGCUUAUAAAUGUCCCAGUUUCACUAAACAAAAAAAAUGGCACCACCUAGAACCUACCCAAAAAUGCCCAAUCAUGUUUCUGGACUGCCCCCUGGGACCUCAAGUGAAGCGCCUCACAUGCCAUUGGAAAUAAGCCCCUAGCCUCCCAGUGCUGUAAACUGCCAGGAAAACAUUAGGAGACUGCUAUUUUGUCACUCCCUGAUAUUGUUAACUUUGACAUAGCACAGAUAUCUGUAAAUAGUGACUUUAAACCAAAGUUGUAUUGAUUUAUUUCUUUAGUUUUAUCCAAAAUAACCACCAUUGUGAUAUCUAUUAACAUUGUGUAAAACUGCUCAAACCCUAUCCUGAUACUGGUAAUGUAACGUGAGAAUUAGAACUCCCAAAAAAACUGCUACUGUGUAUAUAACAAUUUUAUACCAAAUUAUGUAUUUUUUAUAUAGAUUGUGCUUUUUUAAAUUUAGCUUUAUCCUGUUUGUCUUUCAAUUCCUUGUGACAAUAAAAUUUCAUGACAUUGUUUUUAA